GGCCAUCACCCUACAGUAUUAACUACCUGUAUUUGUGUCGCUGUGUACUAUGUCAAUGAGCUGUGAAUGCAUUGUACGUGGUAAUGAAUUGCAGAGACGGCUUUAGUUUAUUUUUACCCGACUGUGGAAUGGUAUUAAUGCCUCUGUGAUCAUCUCAGGGCUGUUUAAGUAAUAUGGCUGGGUUCUUAUAAAGAAAUGCUGCAAAAUAUGUAUGAGAACAUGCACUCGCUUUUGUUUUUGGACUCGCUCUAAUCUAAAAUGUGACUUUUGAAAAUAAUUAUUUGAAAUUAUAUAUGGAAAAAUAAAGUUUCCUAAAAUAUAAAUGUAUUUGUGUUGAAACUAUUGAUAUUACAAAUAGCAAAAACUGCAUAUAUCAAUCAUAUAAAAGUUCACAGACUGGUCCACACCUUAUCAAUAAGAUCAUUACUACAAUCCAAGUGAAAAAAUGCACUAAAAUACACUUUACGUACACUUAAAUGUACAAUUUUGACACACCUAAAACCUCAGUUUAAAUCAUUUCUGUUGAGUCAACUCAAUUCUACUCCAACAAUGCUUUUUCUAACUUUAACGUAUUUAUUUUAAUCGACAUGCAGUAAUAGUAACAUCACUUCAUGGGUUAAUGCAACCCUGUACUGUGGAUAAGCUAAUAAUAAAUAAAAGUAUGUUAUUCAGAGUUUAAUAGCUAUAUUUCUCAAAGUCAGUCUAUUGUUCUCAUGUACCCUGAGACUUGUGCUUGAUUUCUGUCUCUCUUGCUAUUGGCUCAGAAGUGGCCGUUAUCAAAGUACACACUGAUAUCGCCUACAACAAAGGUUAAUGCAUACACACACACACCUUUUAACAUUCACACAUUCUCACAGACUCAAAGGUUAGCGCGUCUCAGCGUGUAAAGACGCCAUGAAGGCAUACAGUGUGCUGUGUUUGAGCAUGUGUGUGUUUUUAAUUGGAGCUCUGGAAGGAGAUUCAACAGAAAUCCAAGAGGAUGACAACGUUCUGAUCCUGACCAAAAACAACUUCAGACGAGCACUUAAACGGCAUGAGCAGCUAUUGGUGCACUUUUAUGCUCCUGUCUCUCGUGAGUCUCUUGGCUCGAUUCUGGAGUUCAGAAAGGCAGCCGGUGUGCUGAAGGACACGCAGUCUUCUGUAAGGCUGGGAGGAAUAGAUGUCAAUAAGGAAAAACAGCUCGCCGCAACGUUUAAUGUCACGUCAGUGCCAUCGCUGCGACUGUACCUGUCUGGAGAUAAGAACAACCCGGUGUACUGUCCUGAUCUAAAGAGCUCCUCCUCCAUCCUGACAUGGCUUAAAAGAAGAGAUGGGCCGAGUGCUGACAUCAUAAGUGAUCUCACCCAUCUGGAAAAGUUUAUGGGUGAAGAUGAACUUGUGGUUCUGGGAUUAUUUAAGGAUCUUAAAGGUGAUGUUGUGAAAGUGUUUUAUGAAGUAGCGCUUCACAUUCCUGACCUGCCGUUCGGAGUAACAGGAAGUCAUGAGAUCUCCAGCAAGUUUGACAUAAGCACGGACACCGUUCUCCUCAUCAGGAAGAAUAAACCUGACAAACAGCUUAAGAUGGAAAUCGGCACAACGAAGGAAGUUGUUGUUGAGUUUAUCAGACACCAUGAGAUGGAACUUGUGACCGAGUAUAAUGGAAUGACAGCAUCUAAGAUCCUGAACUCUGUGGUGCUGAAUCACUUGCUUUUGUUCAUUAAUAAGGUCGAGGGAGGGUUUGGGGAGAUAUAUCGUGCGUUUGAGAACACUGCAGAGAAAUUCAAAGGAAAGGUUCUGUUUGUGAUGGUUGAUGUAAACGAGACACGAAAUGGGCGCAUAAUGGAGUAUUUUCGCGUGAGGGUGGAAGAGGCGCCUCUGGUCCGUAUGGUUAAUUUAUCAGAUAACGUUCAAUACCACCUGCCCUCCGAUCAGUUUGAUGAACCCAAUCUUACAACGUUCUGUCUGAGUUACCUGGAGGGAAAAGCUAAGCCAAAGCUGCAAAGUGAACCAAUUCCUGAAAACUGGGACAAACAGCCAGUGAAAGAACUGGUUGGGAUGAACUUUGAAAAAGUGGCCUUCAACCAUGACAAAAAUGUCAUUAUCUUGUUCUAUGCCCCCUGGGAUCCAGAGAGUCGUGCUGCGUUUCCAUUGUGGGAGGAGCUUGCAAAACUCUUCAGUGAUGUAGAUGAUAUUGUAGUCGCCAAGAUUGACAUCACUGCCAAUGAUGUAAAAAUUCAUCUAAGAGAAAAAUAUCCAUCGAUACAAUUUUUUCCUGCAGUUUAUUCAGAGAGGGUGGUGUCUUAUUCUGGCAAAUGGAAGUUGAAGGCUAUAAUUAAAUUUAUGGAAAAGGAAAUGAAAAAGGCCAAAAAGGAAAGAGUCAAGGAGGAGGAAUGGAGAAAGCAACAUCUUAAUCAUCAGAAUGCUGCAGAGAAAGAUGAACUUUAAAUCAUCCACUAUUUCAUUUUUUAUCAUUUGUUAGUUUUUGAAAUAAAACUUGAAACUUGAUAUAAAGUUGGUUAAUGUGCUCUGUACAUUAAACUGAUAUUCUUUAAAACACCUUAA